AUGCUCGGUCCCAAUGAAGACCUUCCGACCUUAAUUGCUCGCAAAGACCAUCUCGAGGUCUUGAGAUAUAUUCGGGUACAUGAACUUCGCGAGCCAUCCCUGGUAAUCACUCACGGACAAAGCCUCUUAGGCACAAAGCUUUCAGGAAAUCUUGGUGACGAUGCUGCUCGGUUGGCAGUCUUGGAACAAGUUUGCUUGGCUGCUUUGGACCUGAGCAACCAUGACCUCGCCGAAGGGUGUCUCAGUCAGCUAAAGGAUAAAGUUGGAAAAGAGUCGACACGAUUUCGAUGUUUGCUAGCGCGGUGCUUGGAGGCUUCGGCUGAUUUCGAUGGAGCAAACGCUAUUUAUGAUCAAUUGCUGGCAGACAACCCUGCUAAUCUGGUAGCACUACAGCGCAAAUACUGCAUCGCACGAGCUCAGAGAAAAGAACCUUCUGAAGUCAUUGCAGCGUUGGAUGAAUAUUUGGGACAGCAGCUGUCCGAUGUUAGCGGGUGGUACGAAAUGGUGAAAUUACGACUUUCAAUUGCUGACUUCAAAGGUGCAGCUUAUGCACUCGAGCAGGUCGUUCUUGGCUGUCCAUUGGAUUCAGACAUUCACAUGCAACUGGCUGAAGUCUAUGCGACCUUGGGGGGGCUAGAAAAUCUUUUGCUAGCAAGGAAACAUAUGGCCCAAGCGUUGGAAUUGGAUGGCACAAACUUGCGAGCAAAAUUCGGGUUGGUUAGCGUUGCUAAUCAAUACUUGGAGGCAUCUUCAGAAGCAAGUAAAAAGGAUAUUGAUGAACAUGAAAAGCUUGUUGCGAAGGAGCUCGUUAAGUACGGUGCAACAGCAGUAAUGAAGGACUAUAAUGGUAGCAAGAUGGUCGAGACUGUUAAGGCAGUGAUGGACGACUUCACAGAAAAUCUAGAGAGCCUGUAA